GGGUGGGGAACCGCAUUCCCAGUGCCCCCAGUGCUGCAUUCCCAGUGCCUGCCUGGACCCAGUCCCGGUGCCCUCAGUGCCCAUUGCCAGUGCCUCCAGUGCCCGCUCCCAGUAUUCCCAGUGCCCACUCUCAGGGCCCACAGUGCCCAUUCCCAGUGCUCCCCACUCCCAGUGCUCCCAGUGCCUCCAGUGCCCCCCGUGCACACACGGCAGUGAUUCGGGGCUGGUUCUGCUCCCUCCUGAGGGGCUGCAGUGCCCCCGGCCCAGCCCCCGUUGUCACCACGGGAGGGGUAAGGGGGGGCUGCCGCGACCCCUGCACUAGGUGGGGGUGUCCCCUGGCCCUGGGGACCAGGAUGGGGAUGGGGACGAGUCCAGCUCUGCAACCUCCGUCCUGCUGAGACCCCCCAAACUCGUGUCAUGGUGGGGGGACUCACGUCGGACUCUGAGCCAGAGUGAAAAAUGGGGGUAAAUCAGUCAAAAGGAGGGAAGGAGAGAUGGGAAGAAGGGAUGGAGGGAUGGAGAAAGGAGAGAAGGAGGGAUGAAAGGGAGGACAGGCAGAUGGAGGAGGGGUCGUGGGGCUGUCGGGGGUCAGCGGACGGAGCGAAGCCGAGCCCCCCCGGGGGAAGGAGCCCCCCCGGGGGAAGGAGCCCCCCCCCCGCUUCGUGUCCCCCGCCCCCGCGAGGACCCGGCGUCCGGCCGGGGUAUAAAUACCGGGUAAUUGCGGGGGCCCGGCGCGGCCGCGGGGCCGUGGGCGGCCGAGCCCGGCGCCGCCCUGUAAUCAGCCCCCGCCGCCGCCCCCCCCGCGCGGCCGCCCGGCUUUGAAGGGUCCCGGGGGACACAGAGGGGUCCCCACCACCCCCAAGCCUUGGGGAGGCCCCCACCCCAAUUUACACCCCCCAUCUGGGCACCAGGCGUUGGGGCAGCUCCCGACCCCCCCUCUUUGGUGAACCGAAGCCUCGCGGUCCGCGCUGGUGGGAGUCACCCCCCCCAAAGAAAAAAAAAGUAUGGUGUGCCCCCCAAAAAACCCCGUGGGGUGUGUGUGUGUGUCCCCCGCCCCCGCUGCUGGCUGAGGAAGAGGAGGGAUGGAGCGGCCGUCCCAGUUUGCUCCCAGUUUGUGGGCAGUGGAAGCCCCAGAGAGGGGGGGGCCGAGGGGGGGGCCGGUGGUUGUGGCCUUCGGCGGCGGCCGCGGCGCCGGCGGCGGCUCCGGAGCGGAAAGCCCUGAGUCAGGGCUGGGAAAGGGCCCCGCUGGCUCCCGACCGGCCACGGCGGGGGGAAAACAGGGAAAGAGGGAAAUCGAGCAGAAAAAGGGGAAAGAAAUGGGAAGGAAAAGGGGAGUGGAAAAAAAAAAAAGAAAAAGGGGGGAAAACGGAAAGUGGGGUGGAAAAAGAGUGGUUGGAACAAUCCCUAAAUGGAGGGGAAACUGAGGCACGAGGGGGUCCCCAGCCCCAUGUCCAGGGCCAGUCAUGGCCCUGUCUCCAGUCCUGCUCCUGGCACAUGUCCCCUGUCCUUGUCCCCAUCUCCGUCCCCACAGCUGUGUUGCCACUCUCUGCCCCCCAUCCCUGGUCCCCCCAGCCCCAUCCCUGCUCCAUCCUCAGCCCAUCGCUGACUCCUGGCCCCAUUCCUGGUAUCUCCAGUUCCAACCUAGGCCCCUCUCAUCCCCAUUCCUGGCCCCCUCCUCUCCCCAUCCCUGGUCCAUCCCUAUCCCAUCCUUAUCCCUGGUCCACCCAUUCCCAUCCUGGGUCCAGUUCUAUUUCCAUCUCUGCUCCCAUCCCUGGGAUCUCCAAGUUCAUGCUUGGUCCCGUCUCCAUCCCUGCUCGGUUCCUCUCCCUGUUCCAUUCCUAUCCCAUCCAUCCCUGUCCCCAUCCCCAUCCCAGACCCUCAUCCCCAUCCCUGCGCCAUCCUACUGGCACCUUUUGGGGUAAGAGCCCAGGGGUGCCUCAGCUCUCCCUUCUCCCUUUGUCCCUUUCUGCUCUUUCCCCUUCCCAUUCAUCUAUUCCUUCUUCUGCUUUUCUCCUUCCCUCCUUUCCAGCACUUUUCCCAUUCCCAUCCCCUUCCUUCUCCUUUUCCUGCUGUCUAUCCUUCUCCCCCCUCUUCUUUCCCUCCCCCUUUUCCUCCCUAUUUCCUCUUCUCUCCUUAAUUCCUUUCUCUUCCCCUUUUCUUUUCCCUCCUUUCCUUUCCUUCCCCCUCCCCACUCUUCUCCUUCCCUCUUCCCCACAGCCCCCCCUCUUUCUUUCAGCCUCCUCAUCUUCCUCUCUCCACAACUUUUUCUUUGCCUCCUUCUUUCGUUUUUUUUUCCAUUUCCUUAUAUAUUUUUCUUUUCCUUCUCCUUGACCUUUCCCUUUUCAUUUCCUUUCCAUCUUUCCUUUUUUUCCUUUCCCUUUCUUCCUCUUCUCUUUUCUUUCUCUCUUUUUUUCCCCUCCCUAAUUUCAUCCCCUCUUUCAACUCCUUGUUCCUUUUGCUCAGACUCCUUCCCUUCUUUUUCCCUUUCUCUUCUUUUCCUUCCCCUUUUCCUUUCCCUUUUCCUCUUCCCCUUCCCCCUUCCCCCGGCCCCCCCGCCCUCGACCCCCCCCGACGGGGGGCGGUUCGGGGCCGGGCUCCCGCUCCCGGCCCCGGUCCCGGCCCGGCCCAGCCCCGCCGCAGCGGCACAGCGGGGCGGGCGGCGGCCGCGGUGCUCCCUCCCUCCCUCCGCACCGAGCCCCGGCAUCCCGGGACACCGGCACCGCGGGACACCGGCACCGGCAUCCCCGCCGGCGGGACCCACCCCCGGCAUCCCUGGACCACGGACCCGGGAGCGCGGCUGCUGAGCACCAUGGCCGUGAGCCCCCGCUGACAUCACCUCCCCGCACACCUCGGGGUGCUCCCACCGCCGCCCCCCGACACCUCGGGGUGCUCCCAGCGCCGCCCCCAUGGGUGACUCCUACGCCGCCGCCUUCCCCAGCGCCCCGGGGCUGCUCUCGCCCUCCGCCAGCCCCCAGGCCUCCCCCGGCCCCUACGGCCCCGACUACGGCCCCUUCGGCCACCCCUUCCCGGCCCCCUCCGGCACCCAGGAGGUGCUGGGAGCCCCGGUGGUGGUGACAGCCAAGGGACACCCCCCUGGCGACUGCCUGCCGGGGGUCUACCCCUCGCUGGAGAUGCCGCAUCCCUACGGCUCCUGGUACAAGGGCGGCAUCGGCGGGGGGCUGCCGGGGGGCUCGGGGCCAGCGGCCCCUUCCUGGUGGGACGUGCACCCCAACGGGGGCUGGCUGGGGGGGCCCGCGGGCGCCGAGGGGCUGCAGGGCUCGCUGCAGGGCCAGCCCACCCUCAGCCCCCCACUGCCCACCUACGGCUCCGACUUCGGGGCUCUGAACCCCCCGCCUUACACCAACCCCCCCGCCGCGCCCCCCGCCCCCAAACCCAACCCGGGCGAGGCCCCGAAGGGUCCCCGCGGCGGCUCCUUAGGGGGUCGCCCGGCGUGCGAUUGUCCCAACUGCCAGGAGCUGGAGCGGCUGGGGGGGCCCGGGGGGGCCCGCAGGAAGCCGGUGCACAGCUGCCACAUCCCGGGCUGCGGGAAGGUGUACGGGAAAGCCUCGCACCUGAAGGCUCACCUGCGCUGGCACACGGGCGAGAGGCCCUUCGUCUGCAAUUGGCUCUUCUGCGGGAAGCGCUUCACCCGCUCCGACGAGCUGGAGCGGCACGUCCGGACCCACACGCGCGAGAAGAAGUUCACCUGCCUGCUCUGCAGCAAACGCUUCACCCGCAGCGACCACCUCAGCAAGCACCAGAAGACCCACGCGGACCCCGGCCCCCCCAAGCCGCCCCCCGGCGCCGAGCAGCCCCCGCCCGCCGCGUCCCCCCGCCAGCCGCCCGCCUCUCCCGGCAAAGACGCCGGGAGUCCCGAGGCCGGGAGUUUGUUGGAGAUUUGAGCCUUUCAUCCUCCAUCCUCAUCCUCCUCCGCGCCGCUGGGGAUAUUUAUUAUGGGGUGCUGCCCCCACCCCCACUUCUCCCCAAAUCUCCCUCUCCUCCCCCCCCUCCCCAAUUCCUCCCCAGCUCCUCGUUAGCCAUUGUAAUUUAUGUCUUAAAUUAUGGGGGGGCUCUCCGAGCGCUCUGGGGCUCACUGGGGGGGGUGUCAAGGUGAGACCCCUCCCUUCUUUCUCUUCCUCUCCCCCCCCCCCAAAACCUUCUCGCCCCCCCAAAGCCCCACCGGCCGCCUCGUGCCCCCGCACUCAGGGACAGGGUUUGCCCCCUCCCCCAGCCUCGUUAGCACACCCGGUUCGUCGGUGCUAAUGUAACGUGCCCCCCCCCUCUUUUUUAGCUGCCUGCCCCCCAAAAAAAACAGCAAUAAAGGGAUUGAGAGUGGA